AUGAGCACAAUGUCGAACGAAAUAAAGCUAAGCAAGGUCCCAUCAACCCAUGACAUGGAGCGAGUGACCACGGAGGUUCAGAAUGGAGACCUCAAGCAGCAAACUACGCGGAACCUCGACCCAGCCCUGCAAUUUCUGGACGCGGAGGAGGUCGAAUAUACCCCCGCCGAGGCGAAGAAGGUGCUAUCCAAAAUCGAUCGAGUUCUCAUGCCCUUGCUCUGCUGGGUAUAUUUGAUUCAGUUUGCCGACAAGACAUCCUUGAACUAUGCCUCACUGAUGCGUAUCCGUGAAGACACUCAUCUUGCGUUUCCCACGACAUACCUGCUCCGUCGCCUGCCACUGGGCAAGUACACGGCUGUCAAUAUCGUGCUUUGGGGUAUCGCGUUAGUCUGCCACGCAGCCACUCACAACUACGCAAGCCUACUCUGCGCUCGUUUCUUCCUAGGCAUGUUUGAGGCAACAGUCACCCCAGCCUUUGUCUUGUUCACCUCCUGCUGGUACAAACAAGAAGAACAGGCCAAGCGCAUGGGCUUCUGGCUUAGCUGUAACGGUGUGGCUCAGUUACUCAUCGGACCCAUUGCCUACGGACUGGCUGGUGUACAUGGAACGACCAUUGCAGUCUGGAAGAUCCUAUUUCUUGUUCUUGGCCUGCCGACUAUCAUAACGGGGAUUUUCUAUCUGCGCUACAUGCCAGAUAAUCAAAUCCAAGCGCGGUUCCUGAACCACCGCGAGAAACUCAUUGCCAUUGAUCGCAUCCGAGGCAAUUUCCAAGGUAUCGGCAACAAGACAUGGAAGUGGCCGCAAUUCUUUGAAGCUUUCCGCGACCAGCGUACUUAUCUUUAUGUACUAUUCUCAUUGUUGAUGAACAUCCCCAACGGAGGAAUCACGACCUUUGGUUCUAUCAUUAUUAGCUCAUUUGGCUUCUCUGCCCGCCUGUCCCUCAUGCUCAACAUGCCAAUGGGAAUUGUCGACAUUGCCUGUAAAUUGGGGUUUACCUAUCUCUCUGAUAAAUUCCUCGAUCGCACCCUUUUCGCCACAAUCGCAACUUUAAUCCCCAUGGUCGGUGGGAUAAUGAUGAUUGUGAUUCCACUUCAUGCCAAAGCCGGCUUGCUGAUUGGAUAUUAUCUCAUUGGUGCCGCGGGGACAGCUUGGUGUCUCAUUAUGGUGAUGAUAUCCAACAAUACCCUCGGCUACACUAAGAAAGCAACGGUGAAUGGUCUCCAAAUUCUGGCCUACGCAGCUGGAAACUGGAUUGGUCCUCAGACGUUCCGCUCGAAACAAGCACCAGAAUAUUUUGAUGGCAAGCUGAUGGUCGUUGUCAUGUACGGCCUGGCAGCGGUUACUCUGGUGGUGAUUAGGGUGGUUAACAUUGUGGAAAAUAAGAGACGCGAUCGCCAGGCAAUUGACGAUCCUGCCGCAUUAAAUGCUACUGUUGGCACUGAGUUCCUGGACUUGACUGAUUUCGAGCAGCCUGCUUUUCGCUACGUGCCUUGA